UGUAAACACAUCCAAGCGCCCAGUGUACAAACAUCAUCGCGUGUAUGCGGUGGCAUCUGAUCGGCAUUUGCAGAUUUUAGCGAUUCUCUUUCAAAAUCGCAAAAAAUGGCGUAUUUCAUGCGAGCGAUCGGGAAGACAGGUGUGUCGGGGGUGUGCACUCGAAGUGCUCAAAAAGAGAAUGCACUUAAGAACCUGGUUUGUCAACGUGGGAAAUUCCAACGGAGACCGAUAGUUGCAACUCAUCGUAGAUAUCUGGCCAGCAGUUCUGUUCUCUCCAAGCAAGAGUUGAGCUACUUCCACAAUGCUGGACCCACCCCACUGAUUGGUAAGACCAUUGGACGGAUGAUGGACGAAACCACGGAGAAAUUCCCCGACAGAGACGCACAUGUCUUUGUCAGAGAUGGAAUACGGAGGACUUUUGAAGAAUUUAGAGAGGAGACGGAAAAGAUAGUGCUCGGACUUCUAGCCCUUGGCAUCAAGAGGGGUGACCGAGUGGGUAUGUGGGGGCCUACUACCUUAGAAUGGGUGCUGACGCAGUUUGCUACGUCACGCAUCGGCGCUAUCAUGGUCAACAUCAACCCAGUGUACAGAGUGCAUGAGUUGGAAUAUGCUCUGAAAAUGUCUGGAUGCAAAGCUAUUGUCUGCGACAAGACUUUCCGGACGUUAGACUACUAUGCAAUGCUCCGGGAAGCCUGCCCUGAACUGGACACUGGCAAACCGGGCCAACUCGAUUGUGCCAAUCUCCCGGAUUUAGAGAUUGCAAUCUUCCGAGGCCAGGACAACUUACCAGGCACAAUCAACUUUGACGACCUGUACAAUAUGGGAGGCAGCAAUGAAGUGGAGCUGAGGGAUGAAUUUGAGAAAAAGACACAGUUUGAUGAACCCAUCAAUAUACAGUUUACCUCAGGUACUACAGGCUUUCCCAAGGGUGCCACGUUGACACAUCACAACAUAGUCAACAAUUCCUUUGAUAUAGGAUGGACCGUAGGCUUCCAUGAAAAGCCCCACCGUAUCUGUGUUCCUGUGCCACUGUACCAUUGCUUCGGUAUGGUCGGGGGUACCCUGUGUGGUAUGGUGCACGGUGCCACCUGCGUCUUCCCUGCCCCUGGGUUUGAGGCUGAGGCAGCCCUCCAGGCAGUUGCCCAAGAGAGAUGCACUGCUCUCUACGGCACACCGACCAUGUUCAUCGAUAUGCUGCAUCACCCGAGGCUGUCUGAGUUUGACGUCUCAAGCUUGUCUACCGGUGUCAUGGCUGGGUCGCCAUGCCCUAUUGAGACAAUGAAGCAGUGUAUCUCACAGCUAAACAUGAAGGAUGUCAGCAUUUGCUACGGACUGACAGAAGUGUCUCCUGUCAUCUUCCAAACUCGUCGAGAUGAUCCCAUUGAGAAGAGGGUGUCGACUGUGGGCAAGGCAACGGCCCACAAUGAAGUGAAGAUCAUUGAUAUUCAAACUGGAGAGAUCGUUCCACGCAACACGUCUGGUGAGCUGUGCAGCCGAGGAUACACCACCAUGAUCGGCUACUGGAAUAACCAGAAGAAGACGGAUGAAGCUAUUGAUAAGGCUAGAUGGUUCCAUACAGGAGAUAUGGCCGUGAUGAAUGACGAGGGUUAUGUAUCCAUUGUGGGACGCAAUAAAGACAUGAUCAUCAGAGGCGGGGAGAACAUCUAUCCGGUAGAGAUUGAGAACUUCAUGUAUAAACAUCCCAAAAUUGCCGACGUCCAGGUGAUAGGUGUUCCAGAUGAGCGUCUUGGCGAGAUAGUGUGCGCCUGGGUCAAACUAAAGGAAGGACAAACGGCAACGGAAGACGACAUCAGGGACUUCUGCAAAGGAGAGAUGGCUCACUUCAAGAUCCCAAAGAUCGUUCACUUCACGCCCGAGUUCCCGUUGACUGUAACAGGCAAAGUGCAGAAGUUCAAGAUGCGAGAAGAGAUGACUAGAAUUAUGGGUCUCAAUUAAUGCACAACGAAGUCAUGCAUGAUCAGUGAGCAGUAUUCGGUCGGAACUUUGGGUUUUGGAAUGUUGUUAAGCAGCUGAAACUUGUUUUUACUGAACUUUCUUACUCAUCUUAAGACAAUUCUAUCUGUGGCAGGCAAGGUGAGCCCAGGAGCACAAGUGUAAUGCAAGAUGGAGAUUUUUUAGCCUCUAAAUGUAACAAUUCAUGUUGCACAGGUUUCCAGGACAAAGAGGACGACACAACUCUUAGCCUGGCUGCAGUUUUCAUGCAUAAUUAUGUUGGACAGGCAACAUGUGGUUGCUUCUGCUGUGGAAAAACAUCAAAUAUAUGUUUAACAGUUACCUCUUAAACCUACAGCAGGAUUUGAGAAACAUUUUGCUUGAUAUUAGAGCUCGAACAUGUGAAUUACAUUACAACAUUAAAUGAAUUCUCCUGUUGAGUUUAAUUUCCUGUACAUGCCUACUUCUCAUGCACCCUCAUGCUUAAUGCAACACCCUUUUGUUAUGCAUGUAGAUAUUGAAAUUAGGUUGACCCCUACAUCAUAGGUCGUUCUGACAAUCUAUGCACUGGCCAGUAUCGGACUUUAAAUGGCCCACCAAAUGGCCGGCCAUUUUGAGUCCGGGUUCAGACCAAGUCAUAAAUGGCGUCUCAUCGUGGUUGCCAUAUUCGUUUGUACGAUGCCCCAAAAGUCGGUUUUUUUUUUAAAAAUUACUGAGCUGAGCCAUGGACCAAAUAUAAGUUCAGUUCUGAGCGCUCAAUCGUGGCAGAAAACAACAAUUUGGACUUUGUGUCGACUGAGCUCCUUACAUGUUCCAGCUUUAGUUAUAAAAUUCCUUUUAAGACAAAUUUUUUUUUUCAUUGAUUCUUCACAUUGAAAACAGAAAAAUGUUGCCUUUGUUCUGCUUGUGGUGUUUGCUAUAACUACACCUUAUUUAUAUCUAUUUUGGAUAAAAGAUAAUUGUGUACUUUUUCAUAAUCAGUGUGUUCAAAUUCAGAUAUGGUGAAGAUUAGUAUUAUUCUGAUGUAUUGAUUCCCUACGUCGCACAAUGUGUAAGAAUAAAUUUUAUUAAAAAAAUAUGUUUUCUGUCUUUACUUUGAAAGCCAUGGGAUAUUUAGAGAAAUUAAGAGAAAUUUCUAUUUUUUAAAUGAUGUUAACUCCCAGGCAUUUUCUGGGCAUUCAAAAUGAGCAUUAAUUAAAUUGUUUUUGUACAUAAUCCUUUGAAUUUUUAAAAAUCCAUUUUUAAAAAACAGAAUCUUAGUUCCAAAUAUUUUAAAGUGUCAAGUGCCUUCACACCUCUCCACACCUCCCCCCCCCAAAAAAAAAGAAAUGUGGAUAUAUGCACAUUUUUUUUGUCUUUUCAUUUUUAUGUAUGAAGAGUUUAUAUCAAAAAAACGUGAUUUAGAUAUUUUGUUCCCUUUUAGAAUCUUGCCAUCAUCUGGCUUCCCAAAAAGUAAUUUUGACAGCGGGUUCAUUCUUAACUUAGAAAAAGCUGUUGUACUCAUUCUCCCUAGGGGGAGUGUAAAAUCGUAUUAAAAUUGGAGGAUUCAGGACUGUUAUGGUUAAACUUCAUAACAGUGCAAAAUGUUCACCUUUUUCAAAUGGAUAUGUCGCGUUUUGGACAUAAACUCUUGAUAAGCAUCUGCUUUUAGAGCACUGUUAAACAUGGUCAAAUUGGUAGGUAAUUUAGUUAUCUGGAGUUGUAUUAAUUAAAUAUUUAGAACAAAAUUAAGGAACGAAAUACUCGCAAAAUGUGAAAUCAAUGCAGAUUAAAAAGUAUUAAUUCUUUCUUAAAAUGUACAUAAUGUGACUAUUCAGGAUGCAGCCUUAAGAAUAAAAAUCGAUUUAUAUUUUUAGUUAUCAAUUAUAACUUUGUAAUAAUUUUUUGGACUUAGUGUCAAUAUCUUUAUUCAAGGUAGAAUAAAUUGGCAAGAAUAUGCUGGACAUUUGAUCAA